CGUUGCCAUCCGGGUUUGCGUCAGCUUGGGUUUCGCCGCCUUCCCGCCCCGCAGCGCCGCGCCUGAGGCCCUUCUGACCGCGCCUGCCUGCAGCCGAGAUAGGAAAGGGGGAAAGAACCGAUGUUGAGAGGAAGAGGACCCCCUCUCCUAAUGCCCCCCUAAACCAGCUAAGCAGGGCAGCCGUGAGCUGGGAUUGACAAACCAUGAAGGAAGGAGGGGAUCCUGAAGUAGUGACAGACUGUUUGCUCCCGGAUCCUGUCCAAGGGCACUAGCUCAGCAUCAGUGCUGUUCCCAGAUCAUCUCUGUUUUGGGACAUGAAGAGCAAUGGAGGACAAGCUUCCCUCUGAAGUGACUGUCGGGGAGCAGAGGGGGGACCAUGGAAGGAAAAGAGAUGUCACCAAGUCAUCACUUGGAGGAGAGCAACAUAUUGGACCUACCUUCUGUUUGUGACCUAGCAGAGCACUUUCUGCCUCCACACAGCUCUGAAAACAGUGAGGAGCUUUUACAUUCUGUGGAUACUUUUCCCUCUCCAUUCACAGGAGAGAGCAAUGUACCCUCUGCAGUUCCUGUGGACUUUUCUGCUGGAGGCUCUGAGAGAGCAAACGUGAGAUGUUAUCCAAAAGCAGGGCUGUGUGAGCCCACUGAACCUAACAAUUCUGCGCUCUCAUGGAUGUAUGAACAUGAUAGUGCAGAAGAUACCAGCAUCAGGAAAUCUCUUGAUGGCUUCUACAAAAUGUAUUGCAAAAAAUGGCCAGACAGAUCAGAUCCCACCUAUGAGGCUGCAUCACGAUGUCUGUCGCAGAAGAUUUCAGAGCUAGCAGACCAGGAUGGAACAAAAUACGCAUCACGUUGCCUGCAAAUGGCCCAGGUGGUCUUGAACAGAGAUGGGUGUAAGAUCUUUCCAAACCACCCCACUACUACUUGUUUUUCAAAGCCAGCUGAAGAAGUCAUGUUGGAAGACAGAACACCCGGACUCUCAGAUGACAUCCUGCAAUUCCUCUUGAAACAAACAUGGACAGAACAUAGCCCUGACACGUCACAUGAGAAAUAAGCAAGACACUGGUUUGUUUCUGUCAUUGGAGCUUUGCUUUCACUCUAAAAAGAAGUAACUUUCUUGGAAAGACACUGUUCCUCUUAGCACCACCUUCAACACCACGUAUUCCAUGGAGGGAUUCAUCUGGAGCAGACCUUGCCACCUUGCCUCUACAGGGCAGCACCACAUAAGGAGUGUGGUCUCCCUGUAACUGCGUGGGAUGUGUUGACUAAUUGGAGUGGGUGUCUGUUUUGGGACAUCAAACAUGGUGAUUUCUAUGUACCAGGCUUUUAAAUUGACUUAUAUCCCUACUCCAGCUGAACAGUGGCCCAGCCCAAAUUCAGCCCCUGUGUAGGCAUGGAUGUCCAAGUGCUGUUGACUAUAACAGAGUGAUUGAACAAGCUUGGCAUGGUAUACCCCAGACCUAGGGAGGAAACUUAAGAUUUUGUUCUGAACUUGACUGAUACUGUAACACCUAUCUGUAACACCUAUCAGGGGUGCCUGAUAGCUGUGUAUGUUUACCUACAGACAUAUGAUCCCACCGAUCAUGAUUGCAGUGCAGGUGAGCUUUUUCAACAGAAAAAGUGUUUGUGUGCAUGAGAGGGAGAAGAAAUACAGCUUCUGAUCGGGUGGGUGGGUUUU